UGGAGGAAGAAGCUUCUGGAAACUCGGUCUAUGAAAUCCCACACAAACUCGGUCUAGAAGCUUCUGGAAACUCCAUAUAUAUAACUACCUCCUCACUUCACCUCCCUAACCUAUUCACCUCAUACCACGCUCUCACAUUCACACAAACGAAACAAGCACCAGUUUCAAGCUUUCUUCAAUGGCUGCCAAAGGCGAGGGCCCUGCCAUCGGUAUCGAUCUCGGAACCACCUACUCCUGCGUCGGCGUAUGGCAACACGAUCGCGUUGAGAUCAUAGCCAAUGACCAGGGCAACAGAACGACGCCGUCCUAUGUCGGGUUUACGGACACUGAGCGUUUGAUCGGCGAUUCCGCCAAGAACCAGGUCGCCAUGAACCCCAUCAACACUGUCUUCGAUGCGAAGCGUUUGAUCGGCAGGAGAUUCAGUGAUGCCUCUAUCCAGAGUGACAUGAAGUUAUGGCCUUUCAAGGUCAUUCCUGGCGCCGGGGACAAGCCAACCAUUGUGGUGAACUACAAGGGCGAAGAGAAGCAGUUUGCUGCUGAGGAGAUAUCGUCUAUGGUUCUCACGAAGAUGCGUGAAAUCGCCGAAGCUUACCUUGGUUCGGCCGUGAAGAAUGCUGUUGUCACUGUCCCGGCAUACUUCAAUGACUCUCAACGCCAGGCCACGAAGGACGCUGGUGUGAUUGCGGGCAUGAACGUUAUGCGUAUCAUUAAUGAGCCAACGGCAGCUGCCAUUGCCUAUGGUCUUGACAAGAAAGCCACAAGUGUUGGUGAGAAGAAUGUCCUCAUCUUUGACCUUGGUGGUGGCACUUUUGAUGUUUCUCUUCUUACGAUCGAAGAGGGUAUUUUUGAGGUUAAGUCUACUGCCGGAGAUACCCACCUUGGGGGUGAAGAUUUUGAUAACAGAAUGGUGAACCAUUUUGUACAGGAGUUCAAGAGGAAGAACAAAAAAGACAUUAGCAAUAACCCCAGGGCACUGAGGAGAUUGAGAACAUCUUGUGAGAGAGCAAAGAGGACUCUUUCCUCUACUGCUCAAACCACCAUUGAGAUUGAUUCUCUGUUUGAGGGUAUUGAUUAUUACUCCACAAUAACCAGAGCAAGAUUUGAGGAGCUCAACAUGGAUCUCUUCAGAAAAUGUAUGGAGCCUGUGGAGAAGUGUUUGAGGGAUGCUAAAAUGGACAAGAGCACUGUCCAUGAUGUUGUUCUUGUUGGAGGUUCUACUAGAAUUCCCAAGGUACAGCAGCUAUUGCAGGACUUCUUUAACGGCAAGGAGCUCUGCAAGAGCAUCAACCCUGAUGAAGCAGUUGCCUAUGGAGCCGCCGUGCAAGCUGCUAUUUUGAGUGGUGAGGGCAAUGAGAAGGUGCAGGACUUGCUCUUGUUGGAUGUCACUCCACUUUCCCUCGGAUUGGAGACUGCUGGUGGAGUUAUGACUGUUCUUAUUCCGAGAAACACUACCAUUCCCACCAAGAAGGAACAAGUUUUCUCGACUUACUCGGAUAACCAACCCGGUGUGUUGAUUCAGGUAUAUGAGGGUGAAAGAACAAGAACAAGAGACAACAACUUGUUGGGUAAGUUUGAGCUCUCAGGCAUCCCUCCUGCUCCUAGGGGUGUGCCUCAGAUCACUGUUUGUUUUGAUAUCGAUGCCAAUGGAAUUUUGAAUGUCUCUGCUGAGGACAAAACCACGGGGCAGAAGAACAAGAUCACAAUCACCAAUGACAAAGGCAGGUUGUCCAAGGAGGAAAUCGAGAAUAUGGUCCAGGAGGCAGAGAAGUACAAAUCAGAGGAUGAGGAUCAUAAGAAGAAAGUGGAGGCUAAGAAUGCAUUAGAAAACUAUGCAUACAACAUGAGGAACACAGUGAGAGAUGAAAAGAUCGGUUCGAAGCUCAACCCAGCGGACAAGAAGAAAAUUGAGGAUUCUGUUGAAGAUGCCAUUCAGUGGCUUGAUGGGAACCAGCUCGCUGAAUGUGAUGAGUUUGAGGAUAAGAUGAAGGAGCUUGAAAACCUCUGCAACCCCAUCAUUGCCAAGAUGUAUCAGGGUGCUGGUGCCGAGGCAGGUGGGGGAGGCGUGGAUGAUGAUGCUCCUCCUCCUGCUGCAAGCGGCGCAGGACCUAAGAUCGAGGAAGUUGACUAAGAUAAAUUUCUUUCAUUCCGUGAGUUUCUCGGUUUGGUUUAGGGUAGUCAUAUUAUGUAGCUGGAAUAUGUUUGAGAAUUUAGUUUUGAUUUGUGCUAGAGAUUAUGAAUUUCAGUUUUAUCAUUUUCCUUCCUAA